UGUCAAACACCCUACCAUCCAAAUCACUAUCACUACCCCCUCCAUCUCCAACGAAUAAUACCAUCGACAGAACACUAAACAACCAGAAUGAGCAAGAUCCUCAAGCCAACCGGCACCUCCGCCCUCUUCCUCCGCCCCCUCCUCCUGCGACCGUAUCUCACCCGCCCGUACCGCAAAGAAGUCCACAGCAACAAAGGCGAGGAACUAUUCAUCCCUCCAUCCUACCCGGACGACCUCGAGCCCCCGAAGAUAAUCCACAAGAAGGAGACCAAGGAGAGCGUGUGGGAUGAGUUACAGGCGACGAUGAGUGAGUCUUCGGUUAAAGCCGACCGCGGGGAUAUCAAGAUCGAGCAGUCGAAGUCCGGGACGAAAGGGGCAAAGUCCGAUGGGGCGUUUGCCGAGAGGGAGGAGCCGAGGAUCGAUGAGAUGUGAUGAUUCUACUUUCCUGUCAUGAGAGGGCUUCUGAGGGAGGAUGGGUGCUGUUGAUGACUUUUUAUGAGUGAGUUUGUGUUUAUGUUUGCGAUGCUAACCAGAAUGGAUUGUAUAUGUACUGUUUUCAUGUAGGGGUGAGGUUCUAUUCUCUAGCUCUAAUUCUAG